GCUUGAUACCGCAGGUGGGCGGGGCUCUACAUCCGGGCACCGCUGCUGACCCCUGACGGGACCCUGCAGGAUUGCAAACAUGGCGGAGCCCUCCCUCGGGAACUCGAGCCCAGGAGGUUCAGCAGGUUCCGAUGACCGGGAUUUCGACCCAGCAGCAGACAUGCUUGUCCAUGACUUUGAUGAUGAGCGCACCCUGGAGGAAGAGGAAAGGUUGGAGGCUUCAGAUGAGACCAAUGCAAACGAGAUUGAAGAUCUUGCACGGGAGAGAGAAAUGCCCAUUCAUGAGCUGCUGAGUCUGUAUGGCUAUGGGGGUGGAUCAACAGCAGAUGAGGAUGAAGAGGAGGAAGAGGAACCUGAGGAAGAAGAGGAUGACGAGGAGGAGGAUGAGGAAGAAGACCUUGACAAUGACGAAAGCAGCAGAAGCACUGGCGAAUUGAAAAGAAAUGAGGGUGAGGGUGUUAGGAACUCUAUAGGACAGGGCAAUGAUGCCCAGACAACCUCUGAGGUUCGCACACGCUCAGUCAGGUCCCUUGGCACAGCAGAACUUAUGUAUUUUGAAAGCAAUAAUGAUGCAGAGGAGGGGUCAGAUGAAGAUGAGGACUAUGUUCCAUCAGAAGACUGGAAGAAGGAGAUUAUGGUUGGCUCCAUGUAUCAGGCAGAGACCCCUGCUGGCUUGUGUAAAUAUAAUGACAACGAAAAAGUUUAUGAAAACGAUGACCAGUUAUUGUGGAACCCCGAGUGUCUUCCUGAAGGCAAAGUAGUGGAGUUCUUAACAGAGGCAUCAAGGCGAACUGGAGAUGAGAAGGGAGUCGAUGCGAUCCCAGAGGGAUCUCAUAUCAAAGAUAAUGAACAGGCAUUGUAUGAACUGGUGAAAUGUGACUUUGACACAGAAGAAGCUUUAAGAAGACUUAAGUUUAAUGUAAAAGCAGCCAGAGAGGAGUUGUCAGUCUGGACUGAAGAGGAAUGUAGAAACUUUGAACAAGGACUAAAAGCUUAUGGGAAAGACUUUCAUUUAAUACAGGCCAAUAAGGUGAGAACUAGGUCUGUAGGAGAAUGUGUGGCCUUUUAUUACAUGUGGAAGAAGUCUGAGCGUUAUGAUUUCUUUGCACAGCAAACCAGACUUGGGAAAAGGAAAUACAACCUUCACCCUGGUGUGACAGACUACAUGGACAGAUUACUGGAUGAGACGGAGAGCGCAGCAUCCAGCAGGGCGGCAUCGCCUCCUCCCACCACCUCCAGUAGCAGUGCCAGCCACUCGGAGAAGGAGGACAGCAGCAGUCAGAAUGGUAUCGCAACUCACAAUUCAAACCACCCUGUGGAUGGCGCUCUGUUGCCUCCAGUACUUCCAGUCAAACCUGAGUCGACUCAGUCCAACGGCCCCUCCAUUCCAACAGUGGAUUCUCCUCCCGUCUCAGACAACAACUCCAACGGUUGCAGCCAACCCUCUGCGCCCAACCACGACAGAAAUGGUUCUCUAGAGCCGCCGCUCGACCACAGAGACGCAGUGGCACUCGACCGGCCGGCCAAGAGAUGCAGGACGGAGGCAGAGCCUUUGGGCCAAAGUGAGGUUGAACCAUCCAGAACGCAGGAGAACUGAAGGUUGUCAAGCUUGGUGGUGCUCGCUGAUAGACGGUAACUUGGGGUAAAAUGUCCCGACCUUUUUGGCCUGGGAGCUCGGCAUCUCCUGAGAGCAAAGACUCACGAAAACAAGGUCAAAGGUCACUGCAAAUGACACAGUGAAGAACACAGCCUACCAAACUGCAGCUGGUCCUCCGGGAGGGGCAGUGACGGACCUGUCCCCCCCGAACCUAUUCAUGUACUGACUGCCUGCAAAGCUCAUCCCAAAGUACCACCGCUUCAACGUGUCUACGAAACAUCUUCUCUCACCGUCUUUAUUCCCUUUUCGGAGACUGACAAAAUUUUGCCAAGAAUUUUCUUUUUUUUUCUAUUUGUACUCAAAGAAAAGAAAUCACCUGAUUAUUUUUUUACACAGAGAUAUUUAUAUUUUUUAACAAAAACAUCUUUAAUGAUAAGUUACUGUUCAAGCCAUUUGAACAUUUGAUGACACAGGGGACACACUGACCGAUGCUCAAGUUGUCUUAAAAAGGCAGAAAGACAACAGGUAGGCUGGUGCUGCCACUGACUCGCUUUAGUAGCACUUUGAUUGUAUGUUUCUCAUUGUUGAUUGACUGAUCGAUCAGGGUGGUGAUGUAAAAACCCAGCAGAAUGACUUUUUCACUCCUUCACUCGCUGAACCGGCUCUGGCCUCGUGUCAUGGCUGUUUGUUUCUGAUAAAUAAACCGAAGGGUUCGUUUCCCCCCCGCCCCUCCUGCAGGUUUGUUUGUGUAAAGCAGCUGACAUCAGUGAUGUCUUGUAUUAUAAACUCAUCGUGUAGAAGAUCGCUGUAUUUUUGGAUUUUCAUAGUCAGUGCUUUGCUCAACACUUUGUUUUUACUAGACAGAAUGUCCAUGGUUUUUAAUGUAAAGUUUGUAUAGAUUUCUUACCUGGAGCAGUUGGUACAUUUUUAUAACUAUGUUUAUCUCUGUAUUUUCUGGUCUUCCUCGUAGGCUUCGCUUUUUUGUUGAGAAACCUUUUUGCCUCUUGCUCUGAGAUGGAUGUAAUUAAAGUAGCCAUUCCUCGUCCCCUCUCUGUCCGGCCGCACGUCUCAUUCCUGUGUGACCCUGCUCAGUCUCAGAUGUUUGUUGCAGAGCUUCAUAUUUUGUGCGUACAAAGUACUCCACAUUGUGGUUGAGCUUCGGUUUUAAAAAGCAAAGGCUAAUGCUUAGUUUCAGCCAGUAUUUCCUGUCCCUCCACAGGGAGCGUCUUCAGAGCAGUGGACCUCCAGCAGACCAGGCUAAUUUGUUUUGGUACAGUAGCUUUUCAACCUAAUGCUUCGUUGUUUUACUUUGUACUCCAGCUUACAUUCACAAAUUAAGAUGAGUUUGUCUCAAUAAUGUUGAUCCAUGUAGUCUCUUUUCUCCUUUUUUAUUUACUGAUGGCUUUUUUUCUCUGUAAAUGACAACAUGAAUAAAAAUGAAGUGUAUUCCAAGACUUUGCUAUGAAUGGAAUAAACGACUAUAUUUAAUAAAUGUAUUAAUGAAGUUGAGAA